GCAUCGCGCGCGCCCGCCGCUAUUCUCUGCACUCGCGAAACUUGUUUCAUCCAACUAACAAUCUAGUGCACAUGACAAUACAACUUUUAUAUAUUACCAAAGCGAUAUUUACGUGCACUGUCUCACAGCGGCGCUGCUGUUGAAGCAGCAGACCUAGAGUUAAUUCAAGUUCGUAGCCGUCGUAUUAUUCCAAAAUCGGUAGACCUAGCGACUGAAAUAAAUAGUGUGAUAAAUUGAUAUGAUUUGUGAUAGCAAAUUAGUGGUUAUCGAAUAAAUUGGGUGGUAGUAGCGUCACGUCUACGUCAUGGUACGAGAUUGGAGCAUUGUCCAUCGGUCCAUUGGUUCAACAUAAUGAAGUUUAGCUUGCAGCACAAAGGAUUAGUCGAAAAUCGAGGAAAUUACAAGGAGUACGAGCAUCGAAAUGCCACCUAAGCCUCGUACUGGAUUGGUAGGUGCACUGCAGAGGCUUACUCGGCCCCUUCUGUGACUAGCCAGGCUUCGAGUUCAAGGCACGGGUGGCGGAUUAGGCGUGGGGCGCGGCGCGUGGCGGCGGCGCGGGCGCGGGCGGCGCCAUGAAGCGGCGCCCGCCACCAUGACGCUGCCGCCGCCCGCGCGCCCCGCGCACUACCCCGCCGCGCAUCGCGCAAUGCGCUAUUACCGCAUCUGGAUUUACGCGUGCAACGGGGCACUGCUGCUAGGGGCGCUUGCGUUUUGUGCAGCAGCGGGCCGCGCACUCGCGGACUAUCGACGCGCACUAGUUCCUGGCCUAGGCGCUGCGCAACCUGGUUUUCUCUACGGCUACGCAGCCUUGCCUGCCCAAGCUGGCCUUUUGCAACUUUUGGGUUGCUUGGCCGCAUUACGCCUUUCAGAACGUAUGCUCAACGCCUAUUGGCUUGCAUUGCUGGCGCUACUCGUUGGUGACGCAGCGAUUGGUGUUUAUUGGGCAUUCCGAUUUGAGCGUGUCUGUCGAGAGUUACGACCACAACUACGUAUACGUUUAGCGAAGGACUACGAUUUGGACGGCGACUUUGCAGAGGCUUGGGAUCGAUUACAAAGAGAACAGCGCUGUUGUGGAGUGACCGGUCCGGCAGACUUUACAGCGUUUAAUCGGACUACAUUGCCACCUAGUUGCUGUCGAAUACCGGCCCAUACUCCCGCCGUGACGCCUGCCACAUUAGCUGCCACCUCCGCUACGUCACCUGUACCAUUCACACCAGUUCACUGUGUGCCGCACACAGCUGCUUGUGCUGAACGACUACUAUCUUGGUUACGAAGAACUGCGGAUGCGUUGUUUGUUUUAGGGUAUUGCGUUAUAGCAUUUUUGAAAUUGUGCUUCCUUGGAAUAUUGCGCUACGAAAUUAAAGAGAUGAUACAAAAAAUUAGAAUAUUACGAAGUGAAGGCGCAGGUGAGCUUCUAGAAGGGAGCCCAAUGCACGGAGGGCCAUUGUCACAGACCGUUGUGGUUAAUGCUGUAAAUGCUAAUGGAGGUGUCCGCACUCAUGGUGGGAGCCCAGAGAGGGCGGGAGAAAGGGAAGCUCUUCUCGGACGAGCUUCAGAACCAUGCUCACGACGUAGCUUACACGACGAGCCUCUCGGGCCAAAAACUGUUAACGGUAACAAUAAUUGCGAAAUGCGCGAGCUGGCGCGUGGAGAAUACCGACCUCUGGCAGCUGACAGUGCAGCAACUCGAAUCUGACUAAGAUGUUACUUGGAGCGGUUGUUCGGGCGUCGAUGGCGCUCAUUUCCAGCAGAUGGCUUUGAGGUGGAGCCCCCGAUGGCUCGCGGUGUACCAGUGUGCGUGCGCCGGUCGGGGGCUCGCGUGCGCCUCGACCACCGCCGUCACACACGCUCCGAAUUCGAACUUUAAGUGCGAGACCGUCAACCGGUGCCGGCACAGCCGCUUCGUAUGCGGUGUUAAUAUCGCCGCUGUCAAUUGAAGACUUGUUCGUGUGACUAUGUGUAUUUUGUGUUUACAAUAGCAUAGUUUAUACAUCAGUCAUGGUUAUUAUGUGAAGUAAAUGACAUUCCGCGUUGUUACUUUAGAAGAAUUGUGAUCUGCGUGAACUGUAAAUUUUAUUGAGUGGCAACGAGUAAUUUAGAUGAGAUAAACCGAUUCCACGAGCAAAGCUUGUGUUUAGUUCCUAUGCUUGGCAGUUUAUAAAUUAUUUGAAUUUUAGUAUUUACUGUAAUGUUUUGUUUAAAUUGAUAUCAUAAAAUAUAGUUUAGAGUGCAUGGAUAUAUGUAUGUUAUUAGCCACAGAGAGCGGUAGUAUAUGUUAUUUGAGAGAAGGUGCAUAUGAUGUAUUUGUACCAAAAAUAAUUAUUAAUAUAUUGAUUGUAUUAUUUUAGAGUUAAGUCAGCUUUUGAUUGUAUACCAAUAGAUUUAAAUUAUGUACGUCGACUCAGGUUCAAAUUAUCUUUUAUCGGUUUACAUAGUGCAAGUGUUGUUAGUCCCAACACCGCAAUUAUGAUAUGUUUUUACCGAAUCAAAAAGUGAGUUCUCUCUUAAGACGUAAAACAAAACUCUUGGUUAUAACUCCAUAACAAUAAUACGAUUACAUCAUAUUUUGGUUUUGAGAUUUGAAACAUACAUUCUUAGUUGUUUUAAAGGAUUAUUUUAUUCCAAACAACAAUACAAACGAUCAGAGAACAAAAUCUUCGACGUCAUCACUUGUUACUGAUUGCAUACAAUAGAUUCAAUCUAUGACACGUGUAGUAUGCGAGUUGUGCUUGGACAGGUUGACAAAAUAGUACUGAUAUGAGCUUAAACGACGUAGUGCCUAAUUAUAAAAGCUUAUAAAUAAACAGAUAAAAGUUGAUUAACCAUUUUUUUUAAAUCAAAUUUCGUUACCCAUAAUAUUUGUAAAGAAAACGUACUAAAAUUUCGAGUGUCUAUUAAAUUUUUUUCUUUGUUAUUAGGUCAUGGGAGCAUUUACGUAUUAAAUGGCUGUGUAAAUAGGUGUAACCUAUUCCUCCUUAUUAAUAAAUAAUUAAAUCUUUUUCAAAAUGUUUGUCAGCUAUUGGGUUGUUUCCGUUUUUUGUAUUAACAUAAAACUUUUUAAUAGUAAUAUAAUCAUAAGGAACUAUUUAUUUAAUAAUUAAACCUUGGGAAUACUUUGUUCCAAGUUUAAAGUGUUUGUUUCUUAUGCUAAAUAAAUUGAAUUUUGCUUAACCAUUAACCAAUGUUUAACGGUAUUUGAUACAUAAUUAAAGACCAUUUAACAGAAGCACAAUUGUGACUUUUGUAUGUAUAUUAUAACUUUUAUAUUUAUUCGAAAUAAUAUAAAUUAUAUAUAUGUCAGUGUAUAGACGUUCAUAUUUAUGUCUAUCGAGUUUAAAAGUUUAAUUAAUUAGGUGUAAACUUAUUGAUUGUUAAUUAAUUAUUAAUCGUAAAAUGCUAUAGAUUUUCAGUGUUUAAUAGGUAUCUUAGUUCAGCCGCUGUUCGAUAUUGAAAAUAUUUGAUGGAUGAAUGAAAAUAUAAUAUAUGUAACAUUUAUGACAUAUUAAACUAUAAAUUUACAUUAUUAUACCGUUAAUUUCAUUUGUAGUUUUUGCUACAUACGAGUAUAUAUUUAAUCAUUGUUGGAAACAACCCAAUUAAGUGAUUAUAUACACACAAGAUGUGAGCGGACAAAAUUAUUAACAGAUGUUGCGGGUUUUAAAUGAGUAUUUAUUAUAAAUGAGAUAUUUAGUGUUGUUUUUAAUUUAUAGUAAUUGUAUUUGCUAUGCAGUGCCGUGAUUUAGAAGUGGUAAUAUUAAUAGCUAUACACCGAUACUCGGAUAGAAAGAACUAGCGUGACACAAGCACGUAUAAAAAUAAAAUUUAGAAUUUUUAAAAGAAAAAGAACCAAAAAUAAACACUAUGUAGUUAAGUAUAACAUUGCAGACCUACUCGUAGCCCAUGCAUGUCUAGUUCUUUCGCCUGACAAACGCCGUAAGUUCGAUUGAUCGCACGGCGUAUCCAUUCGCGAAACCUACACAUUUGUAACAUUAUAAUGUAACUUUUUAGAAAAUAUUGUAAUGACUAUUAAAAAAUUAAUUACUUUCGCUUAGAGUAGGUAUAUUUUAUGAAUUUAUGCAGAAAAAUAGUUUUUUAAUAUUGUUGUCACUGAAUGUACCAAUCUUAUUAAUAUUUGUACCUAUAUUCGGAAAGUUGGAUAAUCUGUAGCUAGGAUCAAAUCUAAAUCCUGCAUUUCUUCCAAACGUUAAAAAUAAUAUGUGCCUUGGCUUAUAAAAUCGUAAAACUGAUUUUGUGUUAAAUAUAAAAGAUUCGAUUUAUAUAAAGUACCAUUGAAACUUGAAACCUCGUCAUUGAUGUUUAAAAACAAAAACCUAACUGUCACAUCUUUUAUAUCUUAACUACAGAGCAGAUUUUUUAACGAUUGAACAAGGAGGAAAAUUUUAUAUAAAAAUCCUUUUUUUAAAUUAUUUGAUUGAUUUAUCGAUAUUAAUUAUUGAAUAUUCACUUAAUUAAUAAACCCUAUUCGUUUCGUAAAAGUUUUUUAUAAAUGUUAAAUAACUUAAAUAAAAACAUAAUGUGUGUUUCUUCAAUCAUUCAUUAAGGGUAGUCUUGUUACAACUUUCCGAAGGUAUGCACUAGGCGACUGAGAGCUAAUAUUAUCAUAAUAAAUGCAUUAAAUAAAAUCUUUG